CACUUAUAAGAACCAACAGUCGUGAAGAUGCUUGUCCCUAUUAAAGGCGAACAGGUUAUGUAAGAAAGUAGAGCAAGUACAACCGAUUUUCCUUCAGGAGGCAGCAGCUGCUGUAUCUAUUAGAUACGUGAGUAUUCAACACAAAGCAGUCCAACGAAACUACGUAGCUUCAUCAUCCAAAAAAAUGUCAUCUUCUUGGUGCACGAGUCUCCAGCGCUCAAUAUCAGUUGCGUGUCGCGUCGGGCCACCAGUGGUAAUGAUCAAGGACCAAGUUGGGUGCAUAUCCUUCGUUCGCGGGGAAUCCAUGUCGCCGUUACUCAAUCCGCCGAAAGAGUUCCGUUUUACAACAACUUCUGAGUCAUCAAGUUCAAGAACAGGCAAUACUACACUCUCUGGAGGUGGAGGAUCGCCAGAGGCGAUUGCGGUAGAGGUGGAGGACAUAAAACCCAGUGAUCAGAAUUUUCUAAAAACUGCCUACAAGAAUUAAGGGUAUAUUAAAGGUGCUCCUGUUAUAGCGUUCGUUUUGCCCACUUUCCGAAGGAGGAAAGGCAUAUCGAACACCAUUCAACACGAACACCAUUCAACAACCUACCUAUGCUAAAAGAAGGCCCAGGACUUGCUUUCUCGUAUCCCACGUCUCUUCGAUGAUAUAGUCGUGGUCAUGCGGGACGCGAGCCCACGAGUCGGAGAUCUAGUAAUCGCGAAGGAGCCUUACCGAAGUGGACCUUGGGAUAGGAAGAUUGUCAAACGCCUCGUCAAAAUCGGAGGUGAUGGUGGCUGUGGGACAUCACACUUCAUGAACAGUUGUGUGCAGCCAAUGCCAUUGCCAAGUACAAUUUCUAGUACAAAUACAGAUACAAAUACAGAUACAAAUAUGAAUUGUCCAGCAAGCAGUACGAGAACAGGUGAAACUAGAACAGAUUAUGGACGAGAUCAUGAUCCCGAGAGGACAAGCGGAAUCCGCGACCACCAAGAGGAACGGCCAAAAAAUAAGUAUGUUGAUCGGGGAGUUUUGCCUCACGUGCCAGUGGGAAGAGCAUGGCUUCUAGGAGAUAACGCAGCAGCCUCGCGGGAUAGUCGACAGUAUGGCGCGGUGCCACUUCCUUUGAUUCAAGGCGUAGCAGUAUUAAGGGUGUGGCCACCAUGGCGCCAACAAUGGCUUCUCGAUGAAGAAGGGAAUACUGUGAUAUCUUGAAAUACUGUAACAGCUGUUAUUGCAAUUGAAGAAGGGAAUACAGUGGAAUUUUCAAAUACAGUAUAAGUGUUUCUGUUGUUGAAAGCAUAUCAUUGUCGAACGAGAUGUCCUCGUGAUGAGUUUUGCGAAUCUUUAUCUUCUGGUGCUGAAAAAAUAGAAAUGAAAGUCAUCGUCCUAGUACUCGAACACGUUAGGAGGUGGAGGUUAAUAUUAUCCUCUUCAGAAGCGGAAAACGACUCGAGAGGUAGUUGUAGAAUUCCUGUUCUUCGCUUUCGUCGAGAUACCAGUUGCAUCUGCUUGAAAUGUCAGGAUCCCUCCUGAAGAUGUGAAAAA